AUUGAAAUGGCGGGGCAAUUUAUAUCAUGCAUACCAACAACAGGAUUACAUACCCCACCUUGACGAAAGCCCCGUCCCUUCCUUUUCCAUUCCAUCCAAGUACAUACCUUUACUAUAAGAGAGGUAAAUAAAUAGAUCAAUCUUCUCUUCUUUCUUCCUCUCUUCCUCUUCAUACCAUUUAAAAAUACCCUCAACCCUCACCAACUUUCCAGAUACCCAAUACUCAAAUCACUUCUUUAAUUCUUUCAAUCUCCCUCAAACAACAGCAACGUCCAUCAACAUGUCUCUCCCAACUUCCAUGAAAGCUUUGAGGUAUGUACAGCAUCUUGCUUUAACUCAACACUUUUGAGAUACGGCGUCAUUCCACAACAUUGUGUCAAGCAUUGAACAGUGAUUUCAUCAAUGUAUCCAAUAAUCCGGACUGCAAUCCCACUUGGAUCGUUGAAGAUGCUUCAUUCAUUUCGAUGGUCAUUGCUUCAUGAAAGGUUGAAUGAUCAAAAUGGCUCCAAUAUUCAAAAGUGCCUUGUUGGAUUGCAAUCCGGGUCACUGGCCCAACCUCCACUAGGAGAAGGAAACAAACAAAGGAUCAAGGCUAACAUGAAUAAAUUCAAAUAGAUACUCCAAGCCAGAAGAAUAUGGAAUUGUCGAAGUUCCUCUCCCAAAGCUCCGUGAUAACGAUGUCUUGGUAAAGGUCAAGGCCUGUGGUGUCUGCGGAACCGAUUUGCACAUCCAUGAAGGAGAAUUCAUUGCAAAGGUAUGUGCGAAAUGUUCUUUAUAUGUGUGAAAUGGAAGGGAUGUCGUUUUGGUUCCCCACCAUGACGUUCACCCAUUAAGACGAAUAUGCGGGUUGAUGAUACGCUCCGUAUACACCUGGAUGGGUACUUUGGGGUUUUACAUACUUUUACAUACAUUAAGCUAAACACAUUGGGAUGACUUUAAUUCUUUUAUGAGGGCAAAGCAAAGGCUAAUAUGACGUAUUAUAGUUCCCUCUUAUUCCUGGUACGCUAUAUUUCCUUCUUUGAACAGGUUGCUUCGUCUAUUCGAUUUUGUUUGGCUGGUGAAGGCAUUUGCGUCUCUUGGCGAAUGUAAUGAUACAUGAUACAUUUGGUCGGAGCCAUGAACACAACUUUCUUGAAAGUCAUCCUCCAGUAGAGGGCGAUGAUCCACAGCCUGCUCCCAUUCAGAAUUCUACAUGGAUCCAAUAGGAAGAGUUCCCACUUCUCUCAUACCCGCAACACUACAUUCUAUCAAGACUCUGAUCAGGUGUCUAACAUGAGGAUUCUAUAGGUCAUGAAACUGUCGGUGUUAUUGCUGCUACUGGACCUAAGGUCAAGGGCUUCAACAUUGGUGACAGAGUUGUAGCUGAGUCAGUACAAUUCAAUCAUGUCAUUCUACAACAUACUAACCUCUUCACAGUAACUCGGAACUUUGUGAGGAAUGUUUCUACUGCCGUCGUGGUCAACUCUUACUUUGCGAGAACUUUAACGCUCACGGUGUUACUAUGGGUAAGUUUCUCUUUCCAAAUCAAGUAUUAAAGCUAAUACAAUUUAGAUGGUGGUUUUGCAGAAUACUGUGCCUACCCAGCCGCAAAGGUUUUCAAGAUCGAGAACCUCUCAGAUGUUGAUGCCACACUCCUCGAGCCAGCCUCAUGCGCUGCUCAUGGUCUUGAGAAGAUUGCACCAAAGAUGGGCUCUACUGUUCUCAUGUUCGGUGCUGGUCCAACUGGCCUUGUUCUUGCUCAAUUACUCAAACAAAAUGGUGGAUGCAAGGUCGUCCUCGCUGCACCAGGUGGUCUUAAGAUGGAACUUGCCAAGAAGCUCGAUGCUGCUGAUAUCUAUAUCGAACUUUCUCGUGAUAACCCAGAAGCUCAAUUCCAACAAAUUAAGGAUGAGUACAAAUAUGGUUUCGAUAUCGUCGUUGAAGCUACCGGAAGCGCUAAGAUCCUCGAAGAUGCUAUCAACUAUGUUCGUCGUGGAGGUAAGCUCGUAGUCUAUGGUGUCUACAGCAGUUCUGCUAGAGUUACUUGGCCACCAUCCAAGAUUUUUGGUGAUGAGAUUACCAUUCUUGGUUCUUUCUCUGAAACUUAUAUGUUCCGUAAGUUUACAUCUGCUGAUUUAUAUAUGAGGGUUCUCUUGCUAAUGAUAUAUAGCUGCCGCUAUCGAUUAUCUUGAUUCAGGCAAGGUCAAGGUUGAAGGUAUUGUCAACAAGACCUUCAAGCUUGAACAAUGGGGUGAGGCUUUGGAAUCUAUCAAGAACAAGAGUGCUAUUAAAGCAGCUAUUGUUUUUGAUUAGAUUAUUUGUAAGAUUGGGAGUCAAAUAAAAUGACAUAAUGGAAUGUUCGCCCCAGACAUUUGAGAUAUACCUUUUAAAAAGAGCUCGUUUAGCUAGAUGCGAAUUAUCUCGAUAGAGAUAG